AUGCUGAAGCCGGGAGACCCCGGCGGCUCGGCCUUCCUCAAAGUGGACCCAGCUUACCUGCAGCACUGGCAGCAACUCUUCCCGCACGGCGGCGGCGGUCCGCUCAAGGGCGGCGGCGCCACGGGUCCCCUGGGCGCGCCGCAGCUGCCCCCCAAGGACCUGUGCCUCGGUGCGGUCUCGGGCCUGGGGCCCGCCAAGUGCAAUAGUGGCGGCAGCGGGGAUGGUCGCGGCGCCCCACGUUUCCGCUGCAGCGCGGAGGAGCUGGACUAUUACCUGUACGGCCAGCAGCGCAUGGAGAUCAUCCCGCUAAACCAGCACACCAGCGACCCCAACAACCGUUGCGACAUGUGUGCGGACAACCGCAACGGCGAGUGUCCCAUGCACGGGCCCCUGCAUUCACUGCGCCGGCUCGUUGGCACCAGCAGCGUUGCGGCCGCCGCACCCCCGCCGGAGCUGCCGGAGUGGCUGCGGGACCUGCCGCGGGAAGUGUGCCUGUGCACCAGUACCGUGCCGGGCCUGGCCUACGGCAUCUGCGCGGCGCAGAGGAUCCAGCAGGGCACCUGGAUUGGGCCCUUCCAGGGAGUGCUCUUGCCUCCGGAGAAGGUGCAGACCGGCGCCGUGAGAAACACGCAGCAUCUCUGGGAGAUAUAUGACCAAGAUGGGACACUACAGCACUUUAUUGAUGGUGGGGAACCUAGUAAGUCGAGCUGGAUGAGGUAUAUCCGAUGUGCAAGGCACUGCGGGGAACAGAAUCUAACAGUAGUUCAGUACAGGUCGAAUAUAUUCUACCGAGCCUGUAUAGAUAUCCCCAGGGGCACCGAGCUUCUGGUGUGGUACAAUGACAGCUAUACGUCUUUCUUUGGGAUCCCCUUACAAUGCAUUGCCCAGGAUGAAAACUUAAAUGUCCCUUCAACGGUGAUGGAAGCCAUGUGCAGACAGGACACCCUGCAGCCCUUCAGCAAGAGCAGCAAACUCUCCCCAGCCACCCAGCAGCGCUCCGUCGUUUUCCCACAGACUCCGUGCAGCAGGAACUUCUCUCUCCUGGAUAAGUCUGGGCCCAUUGAAUCAGGAUUUAACCAAAUCAACGUGAAAAACCAGCGAGUCCUUGCGAGCCCGACUUCCACAAGCCAGCUCCACUCGGAGUUCAGUGACUGGCAUCUUUGGAAAUGUGGCCAGUGCUUUAAGACUUUCACCCAGCGCAUCCUCCUACAGAUGCAUGUGUGCACACAGAAUCCAGACAGACCCUACCAAUGCGGUCACUGCUCCCAGUCCUUUUCCCAGCCUUCAGAACUGAGGAACCACGUGGUCACUCACUCCAGUGACCGGCCUUUCAAGUGUGGCUACUGUGGUCGUGCCUUUGCCGGGGCCACCACCCUCAACAACCACAUCCGAACCCACACUGGAGAAAAGCCGUUCAAGUGCGAGAGGUGUGAGCGGAGUUUCACGCAGGCCACCCAGCUGAGCCGACACCAGCGGAUGCCCAAUGAGUGCAAGCCAAUAACCGAGAGCCCAGAAUCAAUCGAAGUGGAUUAACUGAUUGACUGGUUGGAAUUAAACUGCAAGGAAAGUCAUGAUUAAAUGUCACGGACACUUAAGCAAAACCAAAGAUUUCCUCGGAGCAACUUUCAAUCAGUCCCAGAAAACCAAAAGCAGUGAUAAAAUAAGUAAGAUGUUAAGAGAUAUUGAUCCUGGCAUGGAAGUCAGACCAGGAAAGAGAUUAUUUAUUUAUGACUAGGGAUGAGACUUAUUUCAGUGGACAACUAACCUGGGAUGGCUAACAUUUCCAGUCCCAACAUGUAUUUGCUUUGUUUCUAAAAAGCUUUUUAAAAACUGUUAUUUAAUACCAAAGGGAGGAAUCGUAUGGGUUCUUCUGCCCACAGUCGUGACUAAGAAUGCACAGGAACUUGGUUCUCGUUGCACCUUUUUUUAGUAGCAUGCUUCAAGGGGACCCUUUGUACAGCCUUUCUUCCUGCUGUCUCAGUUUGGCCUGGCCUGAUGCCAGCUGCCCCAGCGGGAGCCGUGGAAGCAGAAGCAAGAGCCUUGGCCACGUCGUGCUGUCUUCACCCAGAGGUGGUGUCCUGUGUCCCUGUUUUCCACGCUCAUUCAUGCACUUCUCAUGCGGCGCCUUCCACGUAGCAGCCUGGUCUUGGUGCAGGACAGCCUGGAGUAGGAAGAAGAUGGUUCCAAUUUGAAAAGGCAAAGGAAAAAGUGGGGAACUUAUUCUGUUCUGUUGGAUUUCAAAAACAUUUAAGAUGUACGGAGCUUCAUAAUACAGUAUAUCGUUCCGAAGCAGCUAGUUGAGAAAAUUUUGUUUUCAAUAACAUUUUAGCUUUAAAAAAAUGGAAAUGAAAAUAAAGUUCUUUGGUCUGAGGCUGAACGUGA